AUGGCUGCGGAGUCCGAGAGCACGCCUCACCUUAACAGCACCUCUGGUCGAUCCAGAGGGCUUAGGGAUGGGGAGGCGGCGUCAGACCCAGUGCAUCUGUCGGCCAGCGAAAAUGGCAUGAUGGAACGCUCUAUCAUUAAAUCCCAGGCCCAACCCAUGUCUCAGAUGCCUAAGCUUUAUCCCAAUUUUCCUCCGACUUCCGCUCCCGCAUCAACCAUCAACUCCGUUGUUUCCUCCCGCGAAUCUUCCCCGGUCCGACUUUCCUCACGCAAUCUCAAUCCCUCCUCCCCCAGCCGAGCAUCUACACACCACCGGAAGGCUAGCCAAGACCGAUCCAGCCCAACCCGACCCCCGAACGGCUUAACUUCUGUUCCAUCUACGCACUCACCGACACCGAGCCUUCAACGUUCUGCUUCCUCUCCCGUCAAGCCUCAUCUUCUCUCCGCUCCUCCCGACUCGUUGGCCAAUGUUCCUAGUCCAGAAAAGUCCAAUAUGCCAUCAUGGGCCUCGAACCGUCGCGCCGAGAUGGAGUCGACACUUCCGAAUACUUCACACAAGAGAUCUUCGUUACCCUUGGAGGAAAUUACGCCAAAACCGGACCGAAGCACAAACCGGGCAGUUACUAGGGGCGUCAGUGGGCCAGGUGAGACUGCUGCAAAGUCCGUGAUCUCGGAAGAGCCACGAUUGCACCGGAUAGAUGAAGACCCAACCACCCCACGCGCCCCCGCUCAAAAUCUAGGCAGUGGCAGCGACAGUGGUGAAAAUCGAAGCUCGGAGCCAAAGGAAGAGCCUCGUCCACAGGCGUCUGGUACUAAGACUCCCAGGGCCCUCAUGUCGCAACGAUCGACAACAUCCCUCAGUGCAGGCGCUCGCGGAAAGCCCGCUGACGGCUCAGUUCGUAACAUGAUUGUGGAAACAGAGACGGUCAGCUCGAUACCGCAGAUCUCCAUGGGAGUGGGAAAUGGUGAGCGAGGCAACGCUACUCGUUCUGAACAAGGAACUCUACGCACAAAAGGUUCCAAUGAGACGAUUCGUCCGCGCAAAGAAAAGAGAAAGCACCGUCGACCUAAUACCAUUACAUCGGGCCCUGUAACAAGCAAGGCGGACAUUUUCGAGGCUAGAGUGGCUAGUGCAGUCGAUGAGGCUGAUGUUUCGGACUCUGACGAAACUUUUGUUUACGAUUCGAACCCGCCUGAUCCAUAUCCUUCCCGGACUCCCCGUUAUCACUCCCGGACGCCUAGUGCGACAUCCAUGGUGAGUCAGGCAGACCAGCUGGCUGGUCGCUCACGUGGGUUGCGAGAUGCUGCUCAUGGCGUGACAGGCAAACGCAGCAUGAAGUUUACCGCCUACAACAGCAGUAUUGACGGCGAUAUUGUUGAGGGCGAUGGUGUCUCGCGGUCUUCCAGGGCCGAUGGAAGUGGAACUAUCACUCCUCGACAUCAUAACAUUGGUCGUCUUCAUGGACGCAGCGCGCACUCGAACUUCCUUGACAACGACUCUCCAUACGCCCCAUCCCAAUCUCAGAAGUCUCCGCGCCAUUUUGUUGGUAAUACCUAUCGACAUUCGCGCCACAGCAACACUCGAUUGUCUCCCAACUACAGGACUAUCAGCGGGGCUAAGAAGGGCGGCGAGCAUCCCUAUGACUUUGAAGCAGAGGGUGCAGAUGAUGAACGCACGCCAUUGGUGGGCACGCCACGGUCAAUCUACAGUCGUAAUGGUCGCCGGCCUAACAGUGCAAGCUUGCGGCAAAUGGAGUACAUGGCGCAGCGCGAGCGUGGAUUAUUCUCUCGAUUCGGCUCUUGUGCCAUCAUCUUCCUACUCAUGUUGAUUGUCGCCGGUGGUGCGACAUCAUUCAUUGUUGCAGCAACUCAGCCUCUUUUAGAUGUCCAAGUCAUUGCCAUUCAAAACGUGCUCGCAUCAGAACAGGAACUGAUGUUGGAUCUGAAUGUGCAAGCUGUCAAUCCGAACUUAUUCCCUGUCACAAUCGAUGACACUGAUCUCAACAUAUUCGCAAAAAGCCGUUUCGUUGGGACUGACAAGUUUUGGCGCGAGCAUGGAGAUCUGGAUAACUUCCCACGCAUUGAGCAAAGUCGACGUCGUUGGCACUUGUCACAAACCAUUCGGUGUCUGGGAAAUGCGGCCUGUAUUGAUAAAUCCAUGCCAAGUGACUCUGACACACACACCAACGAUGGAGUUGAUAAGGGCACCGAUCCCCCCUCAGACCCAGAAGGCGAUCCGCGAUCGAUGUUGCUCGGCCGUGUAUUCCACUUCGAUUCGCCACUUUCUUUCGAAUCAUCUCCCUGGAAUCAUCUCACGUCGAGCUCUAAAGGACAAAUUCGUCUGGCCCGGCCAGGAAACAAAACUGAAGCAGGAGGUACAGAGCGCUGGGAGCGAGUCCUCCAACAUCCCUUUGAAUUGACUGUCCGUGGUAUUAUCAAAUACCAGCUUCCGCUAAGCUCGCGUUAUCUCUCGGCCUCUGUCAGCUCCAGCAUCAGGGUCGUUCCUGAUAGUGAUGACAAUGAUCCGCAACAAACACCGCCGAGCAACGACACAGUCCAAAUUGCUGUGCCGCAGCCACCUGUCCGCCUUCCUCCCCUUGAUACCCGUUCCACCGUGCCUAGCUCGGAGGUUUCGAGACGACCUUUCACGGCAUAA